CAGUCACCUGAAGGUCAUUGAUCUGAAAGUCAGAAACGAACAGUUAAACUUCAAGAUAGAAGUGGAACAUGGGAUAUGCGACUUUACCUGUUGUCUCUACCAAAAUCAGCCAAAGAGGUCUUUAAUAAAAUAUAUUUUGGCAUCUUUAUUCUAGCAAGUGGGAAAUGGUAAAGUGACACCCCCUAUGGAUGCACAGGUCCAAUGCAACAGCUCCUCUGACCCAGUAGGUUAUGAAGAAGGAUCAGGUCCAUUUGCAGUCAUCAUUAUUCCAAGCUUGCUGGCUCUGGGCACACUGAUAGUUGUGUCUCAAAUAAUAUGGAGCUAUCUUACCAAAAGAUCACCAUCACAGACCACCUGUGAUCCUACAAAUAUAAAUGGGGAGCCUGUAACUUUAAAUACAGUAUGUCGCGGACCUGCUCAGGAUACACUGGGUCCAUGGGAAAUACCUACUCAGUGCGUCCUGGAGGGGGUUGAGGUCUUUCAAAUGGGACGAUAUGGACCAACCUGCAAAGGUCUGCUAAAAGAAGACAACACAUCCAUUGCUGUAGUGAUUAAAACUCUUAAAGACAGGUCAAAUCAACACGAGGCUAAAGAGUUUGUGGAUAUGGUUCUAUUUCAUGCGGCAAUAAGCAAACACGACAACAUAGUAAAAAUGUUAUACUGCCAGACACAACGGAUGCCCAUGUACCUGAUUUUGGAGGCGAGCAUUCCAGGAAACCUUUUGCAUUUCCUCUGGAGUCUGCGAGAGGGCAAAUCUGGGACAGGCGAUAACUUGCAAGCUUUUUCCGAGAGAUCUGUUUAUAUUGUAGCUAAACAGGUGGCAGCAGGUCUGGACUACCUACACAGCUAUCACAGAGUUAUUCAUGGGGAUGUUGCAGCCAGGAACAUGCUGAUUGGCUCAGGGCUCUCAAUAAAAGUCUCUGGUUUGAAUUUGGCUUUUAAGAGCCGGCAGGCAAAAAUGAUUGACGAGGAACUGCAAGCUAAGGUGCCAUUAAAAUGGCAAGCACCAGAGCGGAUGAUGAGCCUUCCUAUGACAGACAGAAGUGAUGUAUGGUCCUUUGGAAUUCUUCUUUAUGAGUUGAUAACCCUUGGCUCUCCUCCCUAUCCUGAUCUGGAACCGUCAGAAGUUCUCCCCCACACUUUUGCCCACUACAGAAUCAAAAGACCAGAGAACUGUGGGGCUCAAUUAUAUGACCUCAUUAAGUAUUGCUGCAUGUGGAACUUCAAGGACCGGCCUGUGUACUCUGCCAUUAUGAGACUUCUAGAUUGCUACGUCCACCUUACAGACACAAGAGCUCUUUGCUCUGGACAGCCGAUAGAUAUCUGUGAAUACAGAAGAAAAGCAGGGCUGGUCACAUGAACACGACUUUCAGAAACCAGCUGUGGUUUAUAUAGUGCAACUCAUUCAGAUCCAUAGGACUGACAUAUCACAUUCAGCUACUUUAUCAUUAGGCCAUGCAAUCAUGGUAAGUGAUACAGCGGCCUCUAGUGCUGAACUUAAUUAACAACAUUACUUGUACGUAGGAUCUUGGUUUAGCAGUUUAGAGAUGAAUUUCUGUACAAGGUACCGUAAACUAACCGAAGACAACUUACUGUUACUAGGGACGCAACAAAAGAUGUUUAUUAUCCUAAAACCACCCAAUAGCAGCUAGGAAUAUCUGAACUCUUAAAAUUAAAGGGAUAGUUCACUUUAAAAUGAAAAUUCUGUGAUCAUUUACUAAUCCUCAUGUUAUUCUAAACGUGUAUGAGUUUCUUUAGAUAUUUUGAAAAAUGAUGGUAAACACACAGCAGCAUGACCAAUGACUUCCAUAGUAGGGAAAAAAUAUUUUGGAAGUCUUGUGAUAAAUGACUAAGAAAAUAUUUUGAUAAAUGAUGGUAAGCACACAGUUGACGGUACCCAUUAAAUUUCAUCAUAUUUUUUUAUUCCUACUAUGGAAGUCUAUGGUCACUUACUGCUAUGUGUUUACCAUCAUUUCUAAACAUAUCCUUUUUUGUGUUCAUCAGAAAAAAGAAAUUCAUACCGGUUUAGAACAACAUGAGGAUGAGUAAAUGAUGACUGACUUUUAAUUUUAAAGUGAACUAUCCCUUUAAACUUUCGAAAAGCAUGGCUUUUAAAAACCUUUAUUAACAGUCUUUCUGAUGGGUAUUUAAAACAUAUGGAAUCCUUGAAGAGAACCCUUAAAUAACCUUUAAUUUUAAGAUUUUCACGUGCAAUCUAAAUAUUAGACAGUAUCUAAAUGCAGAUGUAAAUAGUGAUGUAUAAGAUCCAAAGCGUGAACACUAAUACGUGUGACAUGAACAAGAAACAUCAAAGUACCGCGAGAAUGAUUCAAGAGCCUGGCCUUGAAAUCCUGCUCGCGAUAUUUUGACGUCAUACGCCGUUCGGGCUGCGCAUCGUUUACGAGUAUACAUUUGACUAUACUGUAUGAGCUUUCUUACUGAACAGAGAGGGAACAGAAUCCGACAUUUAAAUUUUUUAGCAUGUGUUUGCUAAUGGAGAGAGGUGGCAAAGACAAAGCUUAAAACUAAGAACAUGUUAUUUUUA